AUGAAUUAUGACCAAGCUGGUAAGUCCCCUAGUCUAAGUAAGAGACAGAUCGAGGUAUUAUCGGGACUUAGUGCUGGGUUUUCCACCACUAUACUCACGCAUCCGCUAGAUGUGAUCAAAAUACGAUUACAAUUACUGUCGGAAACUUCAAAGACCAGAUUCUUUGCUUUAAGAAACGUUAUAGCAAGAGUGCAUGAGUCUGCUGCUGUUGAAUACAAGAAGAGCAAUGGCCGUUUCAGGCUCCCCUACGUUGUCAGACAGUAUUACCGAGGACUCACCCCGAAUCUAGUGGGCAAUAUCUCUGCAUGGUCAUUAUAUUUCACGUUGUACGCUGAAUUCAAGGGUAUGAUUAAGACGUCGAAUGCAACCGUCAAUUACUUUGCUCUGUCUUCACUUGCCGGGAUAUCAACGUCUUUGCUAACCAAUCCCAUCUGGGUAUUGAAAACGAGGAUUUUGGGUACUUCUCGAACCGAAACCAACGCAUAUAAGUCGAUCUGGGACGGGAUUAAACAAAUCUAUGCUAAGGAAGGAAUACUCAGUUUCUGGAAAGGUACCAUCCCCAGUUUAUUUCUGGUAUUCCAAGGAAGUUUACAAUUUACUUUCUAUGACCAUUUGAAAAAUUGGUUUCAAACUGGUGAUGAGCGGAAACUUAGCACCCAGCAGUACAUCUAUUCGCUGGCACUAAGCAAGAUCUUGAGUAUGUCUGUAAUGUACCCGUCCCAGGUGGUGAAGUCCCGAUUACAGAACUACAACUUAACCGGAGAACCCAGAAAUAUCCAGAGUGUUUGUAAAAACAUCUGGAAAAACGAAGGCCAGUGGAGAGGUUUCUAUAAAGGUAUUAGUGCCAACAUAUUCCGGGUAUUACCGGCAACCUGCAUUACCUUCGUGGUCUACGAGUCGGUGAAAAACAACUUAGCCUAG